AUGGAAAGCCUUGAAUUCUCCGUCACUUUCACGCCAACUGUUGUCCAUGCUGAGGGAGGCAGUUGGGUGGAAGCGCUCCCGCGGAAGUGGAAGACCCUCAGCGUCUCCAGCACCCUCUCAACCCACUUCCCCUCUUUGUCCGUCCCUUUCCCCUCCCCUUCAGGGACCAUCUGGUCGUCCUCCCUCUUCCCGGGCCGGGCCCCCCCCGACUACAACAUGCUGCUUUCCUACAUCGGAGGGGCCCAAGAUCCGGGUAUCGCGGAGCUGAGCAGCCAGCAGAUCGUCAAGGAGGUAGACAGGGAUAUCAAGAAGGUCUUGCUCAAGCCCGACGCCCCGGCGCCCAAGGUAGGUGGUGUUUCUCGUGCCCCGCCUCGGUGUGCGUGUCCGGAGCUGGUGAGGAUGGAAUAG